AUGCCUUCCCUUCAAGAGAGCAAGCUCGCCUUCAUUGGCGGUGGCAACAUGGCCUCCGCCAUCAUCGGAGGCCUCGUCAACAAGGGCGUCCAGAAGCAGAACAUCUGGGUUUCCGAGCCUUGGGAUGUCAACCGGGAGAAGAUGGCGGCCCUUGGGGUGCAGACCACUACUGUCAAUGUCGAAGCUGCAAAGGACGCUGAUCUGGUUAUUAUUGCGGUCAAGCCGCAGGUUACCAAGGGCGUGUGUGAGGAAUUGGGAGCUGCCUGGUCUCAGCGUACAACCUUGCCCGUUGUGGUCAGCAUUGCCGCGGGAAUCACCCUCGAUAGCCUGGUUCAAUGGCUCCGCACAAGCGACGGACGCAACGCGCACGUUGUUCGUGUUAUGCCAAAUACCCCAGCGCUCGUUGGUGAGGGAGCUUCGGGUCUGUAUGCCAGCAAGGAUGUAACGUCGGAAGAGAAGGAGCUCGUCAAUGCUGUUCUAGGAAGUGUCAGCAAGGCAACCGAGUGGGUGGAUAAGGAAGAAUUGCUCGAUGUUGUCACGGGGCUUUCUGGAUCGGGCCCCGCCUACUUUUUCGCCAUGGUGGAGCAUUUGGUUGCUAGUGCGACUGCCCUGGGCCUUUCUGAAGAACAGGCUACUCGGUUGGCUGCACAGACAUGUCUCGGUGCCGGCAAGAUGCUUGUCGAGUCGUCGGAUAGCCCGACUCAGCUGCGCAAGAACGUUACCAGCCCGAAUGGAACUACGUAUGCCGCCCUCCAGACAUUCGAGUCGCUGGGCUUUAAAGAGACCGUUGAUAAGGCUGUCAAUGCUGCCACCUCCCGCGCAGCUGAAUUGGGAAACACUCUUGGCAAGCAAUAA